GUCUGAUACAGUGUGCCAAAAAUACCAGGAUGUUCACUACACCUGGUCUGAUUCUGCAGUCUGUAAGCCAGCAUGCUUCACUCUAAAACUUCACCUGAGCCUCCCUCGGCAUAUGGAAAUAAGCUGCACAGGAAGAGGAAGUCCUCACCUACACAAUAAGCAGCUGUCACUCAGUGUGAUGUUCAGACAGUCGGCAGGAAGACAGCAUGGAGGUCACCGCUCUCUGCGUCACUCUGUUAAUGAGCACGUUGAUGCUUCUGCACUGUUACUGUGCUGACACAGCUGGCGGAGUGUUCCCCCGCGUUGUUCCAAACAAGCUGCAGUUCUUUGAGUACGACUCUCUCUCCUUUGAAUGUGAGGGAUCUGAAAACAUGAUGGAGUGGAGAGUGAUGAGGAGGAUGAUGGGCGUCGACACAAUAUGUGCGUCUGAGUGGAAUCAGUCAUGGGGACCCUGUUAUAUUCAACAUGCCUAUAAAGCAGACAGUGGAGAGUACUGGUGUGAAGCUGCAGACGGAGAGAGGAGCAGCUCCAUCAGCAUCAUCGUCGCUGCCGGCUCAGUGAUCCUGGAGAGUCCUGCUCUCCCUGUGCCGGAGGGAGACGCUGUGACUCUGAGCUGUAAGAACGAGACGACCUCUGGCCGUAUAGCUGACUUCUAUAAAGAUGGCGCCUUGAUACUGACGGGCUACGCAGGAAACGUGACCAUCCGCAGUGUUUCUAAGUCUGAUGAAGGACUCUACAAGUGUGACAUCAUCGGUGUUGGACAAUCAGCAGAGAGCCUGCUGACUGUCACAGUCUCCCCAUCACCUGAUGACGACACACAUCCUGGCCGCCGUGCGUCCCCCAGUGUCAUCCUGCUGUGGACCAUCGUGGCCAUUUUCUUGGUGACGCUGCCUCUGCUGGUGGUGGCACUCUCUCUGUGUGCAAACUGCAGAGGGUUGUCCUACGCUUCCCCAAAGACGCCGACGCCAAGGUCACGCUCAGGUGAAACAGACACAGUGUCCGAAGUGAUCAAUAUAAAUCAUCUACAGAUGACGACGUGUUCUCCAAACACAGAACUCAUCACCUUCACAGAAGAAGCAGCAGCAUCCAGCUUCACAGAGACUCCAGACACCCACCCUCCCUCAGCUGAUACAGACCAGUGCACAACUGAUGAAAACAGCUUCUACUACACCAUCGACUAGGCGAGAACCACAGUGACACUGCUCCCUAUGUGCAGUUUGCAGAAAUGUCACUGACAGCAGAGACGUCUGGCUGAAGGAGAGACGUGUAAUAUUACGACUGAAAUGUUUUUAAUGGCAUGUUGUACAGGAAGACUGUGCUCCUGUGAUGAAGAACAAAAGAGCUGUCAGUGUGUGUAACGUGAUUGAUUUUGUACUGAUCACAGCUGUGUGUGUUCAAAGCUUCUCUAAAUAUGGACCGCUGUGGUUCUCAGCUGUCUCACAGCAUCAGGGUCUCUUUUAAAGAGCGAGCUGUUUAUUGUCAGUUAAACCACAUCGCUCCGUCUGCUCACACGUCUGUCUAUAAGAACAGAGCUGCUGCAGCCUUUAAUACACUCACUGUGGUCAGCUGAUGACGUUCUGAUGUGACGUGACUUAGAUCUGACGCAGCCUGAAAUAUCUUCACAUGAAGGUGUUGAACCACUGAUAUGGU